AUGAAUUUAGAUAUACCAGAAAUUGUAUUAACUCUUACCGUAUUUUAAUCAAUUUGCAAAUUAUUAUAAUUUGAGAAACACGUGGUAUAUAGAAAAUUAUUUUUCCAAUUUUACCAGUUUUCAUAUCGUCGCUUCGUAUAAAUGUUUCUCCUGUAUUUUCUCUCGCAUUUAUAGAUAUUAUUAAAGCGAGAAAAUAAAGUAGGCUGAUAAUUUUCUAAAACGACGCAGAAAAAUGAAAUAGGUUUUAUUCCUACAAACAUUUAACACUAACUAAUUAUUAACACUAACGGUAUGCAGCUUACCAAUAAUUCCAUUGCGAUUGAUGUAAAUACAAUGAUGUUUCUAGAUAGAACGAAUCCUUUAUGUAGUGAUAAAGAAUAUUUAGAGCAUAACCGAAUCAGAUUUUUAUGGUUACCAGAUACUUUCUGUUAUAGAGAAAUAAUGAGACGUAACUCAUUUACUUUUUGUAUAAUUGAUUAUUGGGAUUCAGUUGAUUGGCAUGAUUAUCUAAAUCAGCUUUUGUACCGGUUCCAUAAUAUCCGGAUUUGUGCCCUUGCCCAGUUGAUUAAUAGACAAUUUUGUAUUAUACUUAUUAAUGAAUAUUUUAUAUUUCUAACAAUAGUAUCAGCAACAUAUAAAAUAAGAUAUCAAAUACUUCGCUUACCUUUGAGUUUAUGCGAUUUCAUUCAUAGCUAUUUCUUCAUACAAUGGAUCUCCAGUUAAUCUGGACAAAGUUCCAAAUUCUAAUAUAAAUGUACCUAUCCCAGCAGUGCAUGUGAUACUUGUUUCACCUUCAGGUACUCCGUAUUUCAAAUUAACAGUACCAUAUGGCAUUCCUGUUGGAGUGUCAAAGGCUGCAAUCAAACGCUUUGCCAUAUCUUCUGCAAGACGCAAUAAUGGCCCAUUACAAGGCCAUCCUGGUUCCAAAUUAAUGCCUGCUUUACGUGAUAAAAGAUGA